GGCGCGCGCUUGCAGAAACACACGCGCUCACACGCGCGCGGAGCUGCCGCAAAGCCCCGUCCUUCAGGGCUUUUAAAGCACCGUGUUUACUUCACGCUCCAACAAUACCAUCCAAUUGAAGAGCCACAACGCUGAACCGGCGGUCACUGUGGGAAGACCGCCGACGAGCACGAACCGUGAGCAGGGGAGGACAGCAACUGUAUUAUUAUUUAAAAAAAUAGAUAGUGGUUUGCUGGUCAGAUAAUUUAACCCCUAAUCUGCCGUGACGCUUUUGCGGAGGGUGAAGGCAGUCGAAACGGGAGGACGUCUCGGUGAAAUGUGAGCGGACCGGGUCGGUGACCGUUAUUCCGUUCUUUUCAAUGUGGAUGGGACUACAAGCGACUCGCUCGUUGCAGCUAGCUCGGUCCGGCCGCGUUGAUGCAGCAACAGCGCACGGCUGUCGUGCUCAAAUCUACCGCCGGAUUCGGGAAGACAAUAGGUGAAGUAUACGCCGGUCUGGACCUCCAAGACUAUACCAAACGAGGGUCUGCAUCCGCUUGGGCUUCACUAGUGUCCCUGUGAGGAAUCGGGCUAAAGAGUGAAGUGAGAGCCAGCAGGCAGCUGCAUCAGGAUGGCGGCCGUGGUGAAUUAUUCUCCGCCUUGGUGGGUGAAUCUGCUCCACCGGUUGCCUCAUUUCAACAUCGAGUUUCAGACAGUGAGCAGCGACUUCAGGCCAGAGGACUCUGAGUACCAGAAGUCUGUCUUGCUCCUCGGUGCUGUGGCGUUGCUGUGUUUGGGCCUGGACCUUAUUUUCCUCCUUUUCUACUCUUUCUGGCUUUGCUGCCGGCGGCGCAAGAGUGAUGAGUCCUCACACUCCCAUAUGCACUCCCAGCAACCUAGCGCUGACUGCUGCUGCACCGCUUGGUGCGUCAUCAUUGCCACACUCGUCUGCAGCGCUGGCAUAGCCGUAGGAUUCUAUGGAAACGGAGAGUCGAGUGAUGGAGCCGCGCGUUUAGCGUACUCCUUCCGUCAUGCCAACCGCACCGUGUCUGGAGUGGAGAAACUGGUUUCAGACAGCGCCCUAGCCUUAAACCAGACUGUGGAGGAGAACUUGGUCCAGUUAGAGACAGCCUUCCAGGAUCAGACAGAUUAUGUGUCCAUCGUCCAGAAGCUCCAGGGACAGCUGGAUGAGCUGGUGAGGCUGAUGGUUGAUGUUCCCUUCUGGUCCAAUACUGAGAUCUCCCUGGAGGACUUGGCCCGUAAAACGGAGGCCUUUGACUUUUACAGGUGGUUGGGGUACCUUGGCCUGUUGCUCUUUGAUGUUCUCAUUUGUCUUCUGGUGCUGUUUGGACUGAUACGCAACUCUAGAGGCACUCUUAUUGGAGUGUGUCUGCUGGGUGUUCUGACUUUGAUCAUCAGCUGGGGAUCGCUGGGCCUGGAGCUGGCUGUCGCUGCUUCAGCCAGCGACUUCUGCGUCUCCCCCGAUACCUACAUCACCAGGGUGACCAAGGAAAACGAUGUCAUUAACCAAGAUAUCCUGCAGUAUUACCUGACCUGCAGCUCUGGACAGAUUAACCCCUUUCAGCAGAGGCUGUCGGGGAGCCACAAAGCAUUGGUGGAGAUGCAGGAUGAUGUGGCAGAGUUACUGAGAUCAGCAGCACGUGACUUUGCCAGCACCAAGGGGAAUCUCGAGCAAAUCCAGUCUGUGCUGAAUUCCACCGAGGUGGGCCUGCACCAGCUGACUGCUCUCGUCGACUGUCGCAGCCUGCACAUGGACUACGUCCAAGCACUGACUGGCUUGUGUUAUGAUGGCGUGGAGGGUCUCAUCUACCUGGUUCUCUUCUCCUUUGUCACUGCUCUGAUGUUCUCCUCUAUUGUGUGCAGUGUGCCGCACACCUGGCCUGGCAAGAGGAUGGAUGAGGAAGACGGAGAGGACGAGUCGGGCGCCUCACGUGGCGGGGUGCACGAUAACCUGUACCGCGUUCACAUGCCCAGUCUCUACAGUUGUGGCUCCAGCUACGGUAGCGAAGCUAGCCUGCCCGCUACAGCCCACACUGUCAGCAAUGCCCCCGUCACUGAAUACAUGAGCCAGAACGCAAACUUUCAGAACCCUCGGUGUGAGAACACCCCCCUGAUUGGCAGGGAGUCCCCUCCACCCUCUUACACCUCCAGUAUGAGAGCAAAAUACCUGGCGACCAACCGACCAGACCAGAACCGACGCUCCGUUCCUAACGACCAACUGGAUCCCGCUAGCCGGCCUCACCCCGCUGCCAGACCACAGUCCUCAGUCCACUAAGAAAGCACUUCAGCCACAACACUGCCUGAAUCCAGUUCUCACAGCCAACAGCAAGAUCCAACACGGCCCACAGCACCAGAGCUGGGUGCUUUUUUUCCCAGUUCUUUUUCCAGGUCCACUGAAUUUAACCAACACUGACCGGUUCAUCAGCAGAACUCAUCAACCAGAUACCACAGCACAUGACUGCACUUUUAAAGCUCAACUUCUACUUCUUUCCUACAUAAAACCAACAUAACUGAAAAGGCAGAAGAGCACAUCGUAGAAGAUCAAUGCUUCUGCUUCUCUUCUUUAUGGACACACACACACAUACACACGCCCAAGCUGCUUGAUCCACCACUGCUGCGAAGCCAUAGUUUCUUCCUCCCAACUUGCAUCUGUCCACUGCCGUCCAGUGAAGGCAUCCACGCUGCUCUCACUGCUCAACCGCCCCUGACACACUCACACACAGGCAAGCACACAAACACACACACACACACACACACUGUACAGAGCUGUAAAUAGUGACCAUGUGCUUUAUUCUGAGUUCAUGAAAAGUAGACUGUUCAAUCCUUUACUGGUAACGUGGUGUGCUGUGUGUUUAUCAUGGAAAUGUUUGCUGUAUCUCUCAUACAAACACACACACACAUGCACACACAAGUAGGAAGAUAGUCUAACCAAACACUCAUUUGUGUAAAUAAUAAGCCAGUGAAUCAGAAAGCCAUGCUUAGAUGAACUGUACCACCAGAUCCCCAUUCUCUCUUUAGCUUAACAUUGUCGUCUAAGACUUGAAUUGUAAGCUCAAAAAAAGAAAGAAAAAAAAGUGUGCCCGCGUGUCUUUUCCAUACUUGUUAACGUGCGCAUACGUUUCAGUUACGAGCCAGUAACCCUGUUGUGAAAUGACUGCUUUUGAACUUUGGGAAAACGGAGUCUGAGACAACGGACAUACGGAGGCUCAAACCUGUGCCAAAAAACUGAAUAAUUCAAUGAGGGAUGCCUGAUUCUGCCCUCAUUUCCUACUGCCUCCAGAUAUCUCGAGAAAGGACGGGGAAAAAAGAAACCUCACACGGAAUCUUUUCCCUCCGUCUGUCAACGAUAAGGGAAAGAGGAGAGACAUUUGGAAAAGGGAAGGAGUGGACCGAUAGUUGCAACUACACAUUUGCCAGGUGCUAUGUAAAGCGGUCGAGGAUCCGGACUGAGGAGGGACAGAAAUGUUUUUGUUACUUUUAAUGCUUUUUUUCCUUUUCUUUUUUUUUAAAUUCAGGGAUUUGUUAAAGAAAAGCAGAGCGGCUUUCCGUGAUUACUAAAUGUAAAUUGUGUCCCGAAGCCAGAAAAACUCCAUUCCUGACUGGAAAAGAUGUUACAUCAAAGUUUGUUUUUAUCAUAAGCUGACAUUGAUGCUGUGAUACUGUGACCAACUGUAGUAUUCUGUUUCUUCCUGUGCUUUUAUUUUGGUGACCUCAGAUUUAACCUUUUAGCGCAGAUAUUGAAUCUUUUAUUUUCUUUCUUUCUUUUUCUACCCACAAGCACAAAUUCUCUUCAAGGUGACUUUGUGAGAUGGAGAAGUAAAACUCACUGCCUGGGUCACUGCCAGUGGCUUUUUCCCCUCCCACUCUGUGUACAGUAUAUAAAAAAAUCCAAACACAGUAGUCGUGAACCCGCGUGUGUGUGACAUCACUGCGACGUGAUUGGCCGUUGCUCUAUGUCACUGUUACUCUGUGUGAGUAGUGAUUAAGUGACUGGCAAAGCAAGCAAAGGCUGGCCUAUCUAGCCCGAGUCAUUCCUAUACUGACGUUGCACACACGUUAAUGGACACACACAUACACACUUUGUGCUUUACUGACACACACCUUCCAUACAUACUGCAGUAUUCUUUAAAGCCCAUCUUUCCCUACUUUUAUCCUGUUUACAUUCAUAUCUAGAGCGAUAGUAGCAGCACGUCCCCCUCCACCAUGCUGAUAACCCCGUGCAUUAUGGGUGAUGUAGUAGGUAGUAACCGAAUUAAAGAGAAACCCCCAAUUCUGUAGUCGACCACCCUGAACUCCCGUACGCUGUUGCACCACCCGAUCCUGUACAGCAUUUUAAUACUGUCUUAUUAAUCGAUGACCACUUCUCGUAUUAGCGAGACAAUCUUACAUGUGUGAUUUUACUAGGAAGGAAACGUCCAUGUUAUGGUAACAAUGCUACCUAUGGUCUAGUACUUUUACAAUGUUUUAUUGCACCAUGGAUGCAAACAGUGUUAAGAUCUGUGGGACUAGUCACUGAUUAAUGGCCUUUCAUAAUGUUUUUAAACUCUUACAGCACUCUUCAUAUCACGACAUGUCUUCUUCUUCUUCUUUUUUCUUUUUUUAAGUGUUUCGCUGUCUUGUAAAAAUCAGACUUUAAAGAUAAAAUAAUAGCUAGCUGUUUUGUAGGAUAAUAAAGGCAAGAGCAGCGUUUUUCCUCUCUUAUUAAUGGUGAAUGACUCUCUGUCUUGCAACUGUUUUAAUAAGACUAUUACAGUGUCGUCCGCGCACCUGACGCAGUGCUGCGUUUGAAGUUCUGUGCCAGUGCUGUCUGUGAUUUGGCUGCUCUGGUACAGUAUGUCGUGACGGGUGGGAAGAGCCCAGUAAGAGUCAGUAACGAGUGGGCGCUUCUCCGUGUGGUAAUUACAGGACUUCAAAUGCACGACUGUUCAGAUGUGACAGACAAACAAUGUUUUCUAUGGCUGUUUUUAUUUUCUGAUGGUUUAACUAAGAUAUUAAUGAUAUACAUGUCAAAACUGUGGUAAUGAUAUCAUUCAGCCUGGAAUAAAUGUUUUAAAAAAAGAAAUUAAAGCAACUUUAACGUACUGAUGAA